GAAAUACAUACCAUUACCACCUAUAUAUUGACCAAUCGUUAGUAAAAAUUCAACAGUUCCUACAGUUCACUUAGGAACUAUUCUGCCGACUCUUGAAAUUCACUUGUAAAAUAUCUCCAACAUCUUAAAAAAAUGACAAGGUGGUUGUUUAUGGUGGCAUGUCUUGGCAUAGCUUGUCAAGGCGCCACUAUUCGAGAAAAUUCUCAAAAAAAUUUGGAAAAUUCGUUGAAUGUAAUUCACGAAUGGAAAUAUUUUGAUUACGAUUUCGGUAGCGAAGAAAGAAGACAAGCUGCGAUUCAAUCUGGCGAAUAUGAUCAUACCAGAAAUUAUCCCUUCGAUGUCGAUCAAUGGCGUGAUAAGACUUUUGUCACCGUACUAAGAUACAAUGGUGUGCCAUCUACUUUGAACGUGAUAUCUGACAAAACUGGCAAGGGUGGACGCCUUCUACAACCAUAUCCUGAUUGGUCGUGGGCAGAGUAUAAAGAUUGCUCCAAAAUUGUGAGCGCUUUCAAAAUUGCGAUUGACAAGUUCGACAGAUUGUGGAUUUUGGAUUCAGGUCUUAUCAAUAGAACUGAACCCGUGUGUGCUCCAAAGUUGCAUGUCUUUGAUCUGAAAAACUCAAAGCAUCUUAAACAAAUUGAAAUACCUCAUGAUAUUGCCGUAAAUGUUACCACAGGAAAAGGAGGACUAGUGUCUCUAGCUGUUCAAGCCAUAGAUCCUAUGAAUACUUUAGUGUACAUAGCAGACCAUAAGGGUGAUGCUUUAAUCGUCUACGAAAAUUCCAAUGAUGCCUUCCAUCGAAUGACUUCCAACACUUUUGACUACGAUCCCAGAUAUGCCAAAAUGACGAUCGAUGGAGAAAGUUUCACACUGAAAAAUGGAAUUUGUGGAAUGGCUCUUAGUCCCGUGACGAAUAAUCUUUAUUACAGUCCUCUCGCUUCUCACGGUUUGUAUUAUGUUAACACGGAACCAUUCAUGAAAUCACAAUAUGGAGAAAAUAACGCCCAAUAUGAAGGAUCUCAAGAUAUUUUGAACACGCAAUCAUUGGCUAAAGCAGUAUCGAAAGAUGGCGUUCUCUUCGUUGGACUUGUGGGUAAUUCAGCUCUUGGUUGCUGGAACGAGCAUCAACCACUUCAGAGACAAAAUUUAGAACUGGUCGCCCAAAAUGAAAAGACACUUCAAAUGAUCGCAGGUAUGAAAAUUAAGGAAGAGCUUCCACAUUUCGUAGGAAGUAACAAACCUGUAAAGGAUGAAUAUAUGUUAGUUUUAAGUAACAGAAUGCAGAAAAUAGUAAACAAUGACUUUAACUUUGAUGAUGUAAACUUCCGAAUUUUGGGUGCGAAUGUAAAGGAAUUAAUAAGAAAUACUCAUUGCGUAAAUUCUAACAAUCAGAAUAAUAACAAUCAGAAUGUUAACAAUCAAAAUACUAACAAUCGAAAUAAUAAGAAUCAAAAUACUAAGAAUCAGAAGAGUAACAAUCAGAAUACUAACAAUCAGAAGAGUAACAAUCAGAAUACUAACAAUCAGAAUGAUAAUCAAGCUCGUUCUUCAAAAUCGCAUUAAAAUUAAUUAAUUAAAAUGUAAAUCAAAUAUUUUUUAAAAUAUUUUCUCAAUGUAAACCAAAUAUUUUGUAAAAUCUUUUUACAUUAUAUUAUAAAUAAAUAAAAUAUCGUUUUUG